AUGCAGAAUACCAACCACAGUUUCCAGCUCUAUAUUCGGAGCCCGCCUCCGUAUACCGUUGGCUAUUGUAUGAAUGCCAAUACAAAGGACAUGAGGCAGACCCUGAUCUUGCUGGGUAUGCCAGAGCUCACAGCGAGCUCCAUUACCCCAAACGAAGCAAAGGCGAUUCUGAAUAUGGUCUCGUACGGCCUUGACUAUCGCCGGGACGGCACCACCUUCCAGACGCUCGUCAAGAUUUUCGCGACGACAUCGUCCGCGAGAUACCAAGUCUCGGGCGCCCAACAAGGCAGUCAAGUGAGCCUCGAAGGUCACGUCAAGACCUACAUGGAUAAUCUUCUCGUACUGCUGGAGAGCAUCGCGGACGAAAGAGCCCGCGUCGCUAGGGAGGACGAGGAGAGACAGCGACCUGUACGUGCAACCAGAAGCACCAGGGGGAGCCCCGCUGUUCGUGAGGUCGAGAAGAAGCCAGUCUCGUCGCCCAUCUCAGCCGUGAGAAAGAUUCUGCAGCCCAAGAAAUCCGGCGAUCAAGAGAUGACGUCCCCCACCUUUGGCCGACGACAUCGAACUUUGACCAUUGUACCCAAGGCAUCCGGCAGCGCCAAAAGCGACGCUUCUGGUCCGGCGCACGUCCUGAGCGGCCUCUUGAGCUCGCCGCGCACCCCGACCACUCCCAGCGCGGCCCGCCCUGAGGAUGCCCUAGCGACUAUUCAAAACGCCAUGGACCUCUUCAGAGGAAAGCAGAUCUCCCGUUCCGAUAGCAACAAGCGACGUCGCCGCAGCGCCUCUGCUGAAGACGAAGAGGGCGACGCCAUCUAA